CCCUUCAACUCCGUUAUAACCGCAGGGAAAUCAGAACUAAAAUAUUGCAACUUCAAUUAUUACAAGGCUGACGCAAGGCACCGGGCGGGAGGCCUGCAAGUGCCCCGUAGCUGACCUGAUUUUGCUGCACGCACUCUGGCACAGUCCCCUGAAGCUUACAUGAACCUGCCUGUACGCGCAAAGCAUGGAUUCAACACUUACGUCGCCUGCGCACAACGGGGAUAAUCGUGUGCAGCAGCUCAUUCUCCGUUCUCUGGAUCUGGACUCUGUGUAUCCACCUUCUUGUUGCCUGAAAACAGCCUUGAGGGGUUUUGUGCGUCGCAGAAUAAAUCACGUAGUACCUACGUAGUCGAUUCAAUGUCCGACUGAGCGUCUUUUGGUAAGCUCCGUGUCGCCCCGAUCUUGGCGAAACAACUUGCAAGUUCCCAUCACAUGUCGCAUAGCACAUACGUAACAGGCCAAGCCAAGCCAGGGGCAGAGAGAACACAUGUGAGUAUAGAGUAGGUACAUGUAGAUAUAAUAGCAUCACAGCUUUGCAAGGGACCCAAGUAGAUGAGCGUUUGCGUAUCAUCUCGAGUUAUGGAACAUGCAUGCGCUAUUUGGAUUGUUAGAAACUUCAAGCUACCUAAUAGUACACAAUAAAAAAAAAAGAAAAAAUAAUCAGUCCCUUUUUACAAGUGCAAGUGUAAAGUUACCACGCUCAUCCAGAUAGACUGUGCUUUACAGCUACGCAACCAUCUAGAAGCAAUCCCGUCCUUCAAAUGAAUCCGCCCUUCCCAACGCCGUUUGUAUGAUAUAAUGACUUGAAGGUAUAUCCCUCCAGUAAACGCCAGUCAAAUCCCAUCUUCCUCUUCGUAACGACCCCUACUGCACUUUCUUCCUACGACCACCGCCUCUGCCUCGCUUUUUGGGCUCCUCCAUCUCUUCGUCGGUUUCGCUAUCACCUUUGCCUUUGGACCUGCUGCCCUCCUUCUCGUUCUCUACGCGGCUGACAAUGUCUCGCAGAAAGUCCCACUGCUCGUCUGCCUCUACCACGUUUUUCAACAUGGAAGCGGUAACCCUCUUUGAGCCCUUGUCCUUGGCAAUCUCGGCGCUCUUUGUUACCAGCUGGAUCAUGAACAGCUCCAGCGCCUUUCCCACGGCAAUAGGUGUCUGUUGAGCAACCUUGCCUACUUCCUCAUCGGCCUGCAUGAUCCGCUUGAUCCGGGCGGUAGGAAACUUAGUCUUGACGGGAGACGGUUCGAUGAACGGUGCAGGCGGCGGAGGCACCGCGGCCUUUCUGGGCGGCAUAUCUGAAGAGGAGGAGGAAGCUUGGCCCGGAAACGGCUCGUACGAAUAAGGGGAGACGUCGAGUGGCGGUGGCUUGAAGUCGUGCUGCGGCGCGAGGGGUGCGGCGGUUUGAUGGCCAGAGGCAGCUGAGAUUUGCCCUGGAUGCCCGACGGCUGGCGGAGAGAAUGGCUCGUAGGGCUCGUAGGAAUAGUUUGGAAGUGGUACGCUAUACGGCUGGCGUGCGGCCUGGGGGUAU